AUGGCACCUCACGGAGAAUCAAUAAUCCCAAGCCCUAACACACCUCCUACUCCAACUACUUUCUCAACCCGGAUUACGGCCGGAAACUUCUCCAAGCCGCCAAGGCUUCCAUCUGAGAGUCUGCACCGAACGGUGUCAGACAUCUCGUUUGAGCUUAGCAAAGCUCAAGAGGCAGCAGCAAUGGACUUGGAUGAUCUACCGCCGAUAUCGGAGGUAGAGGAUGCCAAGUGCGAGUGUUGUGGCAUGGUUGAGGAGUGUACGCCUGAGUACAUAGAGAAGAUAAGGGAAAAGUUCUUCGGGAAGUGGGUUUGCGGGCUUUGUUCGGAGGCGGUUAAGGAAGAGCUUCAGAAGAAGAGGAACGACAAUAGUAAUAAUUGUUCUGGUAGUGGAAAUAAUAAUAAGGAGGUUGAGGAGGCUUUGGGUGUACACAUGAGUGCAUGUGUUAGGUUCAACAAGUUUGGGAGAGCUUAUCCUGUUUUGUUUCAAGCUGAGGCUAUGAGAGAAAUGUUCAAGAAGAGCCAAAGUGAUGGAAGGAUUAGGGCUAAGUCUAUUAGUCCUAGAGAUCCUUCUAAUAAGAAAGGUGGGAUUGCUCGGAGUUCAAGUUGUAUUCCGGCUAUAACAAAGGAUCUAUACACAUCUACCUAAAAAGGGGUCUUUAAUUGGUCGAUCAGUACUUAUUUUGUUAAUUAACCAUUAUUAUUUUAUUAGCCCCAUACCUAUAUAUAUUUAUAUAUAUACUAUAUGGGUCUCUCGUACGUGUUUGAGUAUUGAUAUAAUUCUCCCACACCGAUCGAGAGUCUCACAUAUUUUAUAUAUUAUAUUCUUGGAAAUAUAAUUAACCUUUUUGUUAUACCUUGAAUCAGGUUUUUUUUAGGUUAUUGUCCAAGUUAUUGUACCAGUACUAUAUCUUACUUAAUUUUGUAUUCGAUUCCCUGAUCUCUCCUGAGUUUCCAGGUCAUGUAUGCUUUAAGGUCCAUUUUUUUUGGAGUCUUGUAACCUUUUUUAGGUGGAAAGAUGAGUUUUGACCUUGUUGAACUUUAAAUUAUUAUCAAAAUGACUUGGAUGGAUGGAGUUUGUGGGUAUAUGUAACCAGCUAGUUUAUGUAUAUGUUUAUAAGGCUUAUUAGUUGUGUUAAUCUCCUUUCUAAAGGGGUUUUUUUUGCUUUAAUUAGUGAUCUCACCACGGAGUCCUUAUUUCUUAUUUUUUGUUUAGUUUGAAUAAAUGAAAAUAUUGUAUGCGAUUGACAUACAUAAUUUGAAGUUUCAAUAAA